AUGCCAAAUGUCAAAUAGUACUAAUCAGAUUCAUAAAUCCCUUAAAUGAGUACUCUUACCAUUCUUUGUAAAAUAAGUCCAAUUAAUCCUCCAGAUUCUCCUAGAGAAAUUCAAACCUUUGAAUUACAAUCAAAUCAAUAAAAUCGUAAAUAACUUUAGGCGAACUCAAAAUCAACUAUAAGAUAAGACAAUUCUGUUAUAAGAAAGAAUGAUAAUAAUUAUUCAUAAAAACCAAAAAGAAGAAAACCAAUUUUAGUUAUUAGACAUUCUAAAAGUUUAUAAUGUAUUAAAAAAGAAAAAUAAGUUCGAUUUCAUUUAGAAAAGGAUUAAAGUAGCUUUCAAUUUUAUAUUUUCCAGAAUUGGAUUCAAAAAGAAAAAAAAAAUUAAGAAGAAAAUUGUUCUUUAAAACAUAUUGAUGAAAGUCUAUCUUUAAACAAUAAUGGAGCUAAGAAAAUAUUUGAAAAAAUUCGUCACAAGUAUGAAUCUAAAGUACAUUUCUGA